UCGCAUCCAAUGGUAUUCGAAAGAACAGUCUACACGCAUUAAGAUGUUACCACUCGUGCUCGUAGGUUUUGCUCUGUUGCAGCUGUCCUCGCAGCAGGAAGUCCCAGGUGUACUGCAGGAAAGAAGCCAACAAGCAGGGCUACGUUCCAAUUUUUCCAGUAACGAGGAAACAUGCGAUGGAACGCGGUAUUUUUCAACAUGUGGCGGCUGUAAUUUAGUAAAAGUGUGCUUAGGUGAAAACAUGGAUUGGCAUUACUGUCAGGAUAUGAGUCUGGACAAGCCUUAUUGCAACAACGGAGAAUGCUCGACGACUCCCGAAUUCAUCGAGAAUUGUCCAUAUAUUUUCAAAUACUGUAUUGGAUCUGGAUACUAUCCAGAUCCCUACAGCUGCGACAUCUACCAUUUCUGCGAGGAAAAAGACACCGCGUCAUCCGUAUACAAAUGUCCGAAAAAUUACGUAUUCAACCCGGAAACAAACCUAUGUAAACGCCAACUGCAGGAAAGCGACUGCAUGAAAGUGGAGUGUUCACCGGGAGUAACAUUUUCCGCUUACGGAACCAGCAAACGAUUCUUCGGAUACUGUAGAUACAGCUCUGGACCAUAUCCAUACGAAAAGGAGAUCCACAGGUGUCCCGAGGGAACGGAAUUCACCGGGAAGAAAUGCGCCUUCCAGUGCCCUGCCGAAGGAAGGUUCGCCAACACCUCGAACGAGAGAGGCUACUACGAAUGCUACUACUCGGAUGAUGAAGAAUUGGUGGCCGUCUCCCAAAUGUGUCCAGCUGACAAAGUAUAUAGUGCGGAACUGUCCACGUGUAUUCAACAAGUUACAACUACGCCCGCAACAACUACUGGUUUGUGAUAUGGGAAAUGAUGCUAUCACUGAAACAUUAUACAUGGAAUGAUUUUAUGAUGAAUAUAAUCCACAACUACUAGGUCCAAAAAGUAAAAAAAAGUCGAAAGUAAUUCAUACCAGACAUUUAUUAUCGUUAACUUAAGCAGCAGCAAACAAAUAAAGAAGACACUAAUUUGAUUUAUCCUUCUGCGCCA